UCGCAGGCUGCCCCAGCCCUCUGAUGAUGGCCGGGAGGGAGGAGCACGAUGAUGAGGAAGCCUGGCUGCAGCUUCGGCCUGUGGAGCCCUUGCCCUCCCAGUGCUGUGGCAGUGGCUGCUCCCCCUGUGUGUUUGACCUCUAUAACCAAGACCUGGCGAGGUGGGAGGCAGCCCAAGCCAGCAAGGACAGAAGCCUGCUAAGAGGCAAGGAGUCCCAGAGCCACCCCUCCAAACUGAGCCCAGAGAUGUUCCUGGCUUUCCGCAUCAGUGCCAUGGACAAACUCACUGAGGACACCUACUGUGUCCGGUUUGCACUACCCGGGAACAGCCAACUCGGCCUGCGGCCUGGCCAGCACCUUGUCCUACGGGGGAUAGUAGAUGGCUUAGAAAUUCAGAGAGCCUACACACCCAUCAGCCCUGCCAAUGCAGAAGGAUACUUUGAGGUUUUAAUCAAGUGUUACCAGAUUGGGCUGAUGUCCCAGUAUGUUGAGUCCUUGAGAACAGGAGACAUGGCUUUCUGGCGAGGACCUUUUGGAAACUUCUUCUAUAAACCAAACCAGUACGGUGAGCUGCUCAUGCUGGCUGCAGGUACUGGCCUGGCCCCCAUGGUGCCCAUCCUGCACAGCAUCACAGACAAUGCGGAAGACGAGACCUUUGUCACCCUGGUUGGCUGCUUCAAGACCUUUGAGAGCAUCUACCUGAAAACCUUCCUGCAGGAGCAGGCCCGUUUCUGGAAUAUCCGCACCUUCUUUGUUCUCAGCCAGGAGAACUCCCCAGAGCAGCUUCCCUGGAGUUACCGGGAGAAGACCCGCUUUGGCCGCCUGGGCCAGGACCUGAUUGAAGAGCUGGUUGGCUCUUGUCGGAGAAAGCCAUUUGCAUUGGUCUGUGGCUCGGCUGAGUUUACCAAGGACAUGGCCAGGUGCCUGCUGCAUGCAGGCCUGGCUGAGGACUCCUACUUCCUCUUCUAGGCCUGGCCUCCCUCCCAAAGCCCAGGCCAGGGGCCUACUCAUGGAGGAGCACAGACUGGAAUCAGAAAACGUGGACAGAAGACCACCACUAACUUGCCAGGUGACCUUGGGCAGAUUUCUUUACCUCUGUGCACCUGUUUCUCAUCUUCUGACUCCCUUAGGCAGGCAUCCUGUUGUGUGGAGGGAAGAUGGGGCUGCAGGAGCCUGGAGAGGAGAGUAACCAGCCUGGGAGUCAUGGAGGACUUCUCGGAGGAAUCCUGGUCCAGGCUGAGCCCCAGGAUGAGUAGGAGUUGGUAGGAAGAGGGGCUAGAAGAGCUCCCCUGCUUCCUUAGAUUAUAGGGUUAUGCGGGGCUCCCAUCAGACCAUGCCUGCUUCCCCUGGAGGCUGAGAAUCCCUGUGUUCCCAAAGGGCUGGCUCAGAGGAGGUGUAUGUUAAAUGUUCAGGGAAUGACCAUAGGGGCGGCUGAGAGCUCUCUGGAGGCCUUAUGUACCUCCAGUGCCAUGAGCCAAACACAAGGAAGGUCUUGGGUUCUGUGACCUGACCACAUUCCCAGAGCGAGGUGGGGCCUUGGGUUACCUUUGUUUUUGGGCCUUUCCUGCUUCGAAUGGCUUCACUCUCAGUCUCCCUUCCCUGGCUCAAGAGCCCAGCCGAGAAUCCUUUUUCCAGCAAAAGAGGCAUAGAUGCAAACGCCCCUCCCUCCUGCAGGCAGCCAGCUCUGCCCUCCCUUCAGCUCUGGUGCCCUGGCGACGGUUGCUAUGGAGAUCUAAAGAUAGAGCAGGAGUCAGGAGACCUGGGUCCUUCUCCCUGCUCUGCCCACUGAGUGGAUGCUCAUUCUGAUCCACCCACCCCUCUCCGCACCCCGCCCCUUCCAUCCUGCAAGGGGCUUGCCCUCCCCAGGGAAGCCAGCGCCCCUGGGCAGCGCACUGCAGUUAAUGAAUUCUGCUUUUCACAGCCAUGCUCCAGUGCGCUGCACCAGCUAAGGCUGGCUACAGACAGUCCCAGAAUCAGAAUGUUAAGUCAUGGAAUCUCAGAAUGAGAGAACCAUAGAAUCAUCCAGUUAGAAUUUUACAGUCAUAGAAUCACAGUCCUCAUCAUGUCAGAGAUUGAAGUUCAGGACUCCAGAGAGCAUCCAGUCUGCUAGACUCAUUGUAUCGAUGGGAAAACCGAGGCCCAAUGAGGGCCAAGUAACCUGACCAAGGGACAACAGUUCACAGCAGGGCCAGCACCAGAAGCAGAUCUCCGGAUGGCAUCCUGUGCUCAGAGUCCUGUACCAGUCAGUGGUUUUCAAACUGGGCUCCGUGAGACACGAGGGUUCCUGGCGUGGCAGAAGUGACGGGAUGACCACGUGGGAUCUCCAGGACCCCUUUCAACCGGAGCAGUUUCAUUUUUAUCCCAUUUAUGUCUUGGGCUUGGAUUAAUUUUGGUUUGUGAAAAAAGCCUUUCCUUGUACCGCCCAAAAAGUUGCAACAAAUCUCUGUGCUGUGCCAUGUCCAGUAAAUAAUCAUGACAAGCAGUUGGGGAUGGUGCCAAAGGUUUCAAACUGUUUCACAGGUGGAAUUCCAUGGUCAAAUGGAUGUGGGGAAUACUGACUGUGACCUUCACUGAGAAUCAUAUAUGUACAUGAGUAUAUUAAAGGCUCUGAAAGUCCA